GGGGAGAACGCGGCGCGGGAUGCUCCGAGCGCCCGCUGGGGAGAGAAGCGGCUGCGGCGGCGGCGCUGCGGGCGCGCCAGAUGGGGCGGGAGGAGGGGAGACCCGGCACCCACCGGCCCAGAGCUGCCCGACGCGGCUUGGGCGGACCCCGCCGCCCGGGUGCCUUGGCACGAUUCCAGGGAUCCAGGGUAAAGCGGUUCGCGCGGGAACAGGAGGAUAUGUCAGGCACAGGCUAUUCCCCAUCACUAUAGCCACAGAGGACUGGUCCAGAUGCGGAUCCCGAUCUGUGCUUCUUCAGAUGGUUGGAUACCAAGAAAGCUGCUCAGGAAACCUUACAACACAAUGGAAAAAAGUCUCACUCUGUCACCCAGGCAGGAGGGCAGUGGCAUGAUGUUGGCUCACUGCAACUUCUACCGCCCGGGUUCAAGCGAUUCUCCUGCCUCAGCCUCCCGAGUAGCUGGGAUUACACGCGCCUGCCACCACACCUGGAUAAUUUUUGUAUUCUUAGUAGAGAUGAGGUUCCACCAUCUUGGUCAGGCUGGUCUUGAACUCCUGACCUCGUGAUCCACCCUCCUCGGCCUCCCAAAGUCCUGGGAUUACAGGUGGGAACCACCGCGCCCAGCCAAGGAGUCAUCUUUACGAGUACUUUUCACUAUCCCUAGGAUUAAUCAGACUACUUAGCAGAGUUUCAUCUAAGCUAUUAAAACAUGAAUAUAAUGUGGAUAUACAAUAUGAAUAUGAAUGUGAUAAUGGGGAAAGGAUAUAUUAAUGCUAGUGUGUUCUCCCCAAAAAAUCUCCUACUGCAUCAGGCCUCACUUUCUCAGACACACACAUGCAAGCACACCCAGGCAUCCACACUCAGAGCAAAUGAGGUUACACUUUUCCUUGCUUAGCCUUUACGCUCCUAUCCUGAGCUCUAAGGCUUUUUGCUUCUGUUUCUCAGACUUCUGUUCCUUAUACAGAAAUAGACAAACAUACACCACACUGGAGAAGUGGGAAGAAAUCUGAAUGGGUAUGAAGAGACUCAGACCAGAUAUUUCUGGAAAUACAGAUUGGAAAUAUAAGAUUUGAGGCAGUUAUAGUCUCUUGAGCAACUACAAGAUGUGGAAAAGUUGGAAAGAAAAGAAAAACACGGUGUGUUAUAGAAGUGUCACUGAACCAGGAACUCAAUAUUUUUUUUGAAGGGUUCAUUACUGAAGACUGGAUUACAUUUCUAUUACUUUUUUGUUUUUAAAUCUUUUGUCUAUUUGGGUAAUCAAAAGCUUUUACACCACACCUUAAAGAGCCUGGAAUGUGGGGGGAUUUUACACACACACAUAUACACCAUUACACACUGGGACAUACAUAGUUUUCAAGCAAGCAAAUAUAGGUUACAAAGUUACAUAGUUUAUAAAUUAAUUUGAAAAUAUGAUUAUCCUGAAAAGAUAUCAGCAUAAUUUUAACAUAGAUUGGAUAUAUGUUUUCAUUUAUAUUAAAUGCCAUUGUUUUCUAAUUAUCACAUUUUCUAAAUAAUAUUUUACUUAAAUGUGUUUUUUUCUUAAUGAUAACACAAAUGCAUUACUUAAAUUGAAGUUUUAGUUAAAUGAUAUUUUUUAAAAUCCUUAGUGACAAUUAUGAUACUGCUUCUGAAAAUAAAAUAUCUACAUAUUAAUAUUAAUAAAUGUAAUCAAAUAAAUAAAAUGUUUUAAAUUUAAUUUCUUUCAUAUAAAUAUAAACACUUUUUCAUUUUUACUCUAGUAGAAAUGCAAAAAUUAUUAUUGAAAGCAAAAUUCUUUUAGAGGAGUUAAAUCAGUGCUUCUUAGAUAUUUUUAUUUCCAAAGGCUCCACCCUCAAUCUCUGCUUAGUAAGUCCUAUGCACACUCAUGAUACAAAAAAAUUUAGAUUAUACUCAUCCAGACAAAAGAGAUACCAGUCACAUUUUCCAUUCUUUCUUGCAUUUCCAUGUUACCAAUAACAGGUGUCAGAUAGGUAAGAUCAAAAGCAAUACAGGCCUGUCAUACGUUUGUUUAAAAUACAACCUAUGUGUCUUUCAGUGUUGUGGGAAGGAGGUACCAAUUUUAGUGGAUUUAACCAAACAUAUGUUGUGAGAGUGUAUUAGUCAGUUCUCACAAUGCUCUAAAGAAAUACCUGAGACUGGGUAAUUUGUAAAGAAAGGAGAUUUAAUUGGCUCACAGUUAUGAAUGCUGUAUAGGAAGCGUGAUGCUGGCAUCUGCUCAGCUUCUAGGGAGGCCUCAGGAAAAUUACAAUCACGGUGGAAAGUAAAGGGGAAACAGGCACAUCUUACAUGGCUGGAGCAGGAGCAAGAAUGAGUGAGGGAGGUGCUACAUACUUUUAAACAACCAGAUCUCAUGAUAACUCACUCACGUACUAUCAUGAGAACCACAUAGAAGAAAUGAUGCCAACCCAUUUAUGAGAACUCUGUCCCCGUGAUUCAAUGACCUCCCACUAGACCAAACCACCAACACUGGGGAUUACAAUUCUACAAGAGAUUUGGUGGGAAUAUAGAUCCAGACAAUAUCAUUCUGCUUCUGGCCCCUCCAAAUUCAUCUUUUCACAUUGGAAAAUACAAUCAUGGCUUCUCAACAAUUCCCCAAAUUCUUAAUUCAUUGCAGCAUUAAGUCAAAACUCCAAAGUUGAAAGUAUCAUCUGAGAAAAGGCAAGUCCCUUCCACCUAUGAGCAUGUAAAAUCAAAAACAAGUUAGUUACUUCCAAGAUAAAAUGGGGUUAUAGGCAUUGGGUAAAUACUCCUGUUUCAAAAGGGAAAAUUGGCCAAAAGAAAGAGACUACAGACCCCUCACAAGUCUGAAACUCAGCAGGGCAGUCAUUAAAUCUCAACGCUCCAAAAUAAUCUCACUUGAAUCCAUGUCUCACAUCCAGGGCACGUGGGUGCAAGCGAGUGGCUCCGGCAGCUCCGCCCCUGUGGCUUUGCAAAGUUCAACCCCUGUAACUGCUCUUGUGGGCUUGUGUUGAGUGCUUGCAGCUUUUGCAGAUUCAGGGUGCAAGCUGCUGGUAGCUCUACCAUUCUGGGGUCUGGAGAAUGGUGGCCCUCUUCUCAGAACUCCACUAGGCAAUACCCCAGUGGGGACUCUGCGUGGGGCCUCCAACCCUAGAUUUUCCCUCUGCACUGCCUUAGUAGAGGUUUUCUGAGAGGGCUUCACCCCUACAGCAGGUUUCUGCCUGGGCAUCCAUGCCUUUCCAUACAUCUGAAAUCUAGGCGGAGGCUCCAAAGCCACAACUCUUGCACUCUGUGCACCGACAGGCUUAACACCAUAUGGAAGCUGCCGAGGCUUAUGGCUUGCAGCCUCUGAAGCAGUGAUCUGACUGCACCUGGGCACAUUUUAGGACUGGCUAGAGCUGGAGUCGCUGGGACACAGGAAACAGUGUCUGGAGGCUGCGCAGAGUGGUGGGAAAACCAUUCUUUCCUUCUAGACUUCUGGGUCUGUGAUGGGUGGGCUGUCAUGAAUAUCUCUGAAAUGCCUUUGAGGCAUUUUCCCCAUUGUCUUAGAUAUUAGCACUAGGCUCCUUUUUAUUUAUGCAGCUAGCUUGAAUUCCUUCACUAAAAAUAGGUGUCUCUUUCCUACCACAUGCCCAGGCUACAAAGUUUCCAAACUCAAACAUGCUACUUCCCUUUUAUUUAGAUUUAAAUAAUUUAUUUGCUCACACAUUUGAGCAUAAGUUGUUAGAAGCAGCCAGGUAACAGUUCGAAUGUUUUGCUGCUUACACAUUUCUUCUGCCAGAUACUCUAAAUUGUCAUUCUCAAGUUCAAAUUUCCACAAAUACCUAGAGAGGAAGCACAAUGCAGUACCAGAAAUAAGCAGCAUUGGUGCAUGUUAAAACAAAGGAAACGGGGUUUCUCCUUUUUGUAGAAAGUGCUAGUUAAUAAGUAAGAAAAGCAAUGAAAAUUUGUGGGUCCAGAUAUCAAAGUGCUUCUGAAUAGCUGAAUUCAUACUGCAGAAAAUUACAGUUGGUUGAAUGCAUUUCUCAAAAUUAUUUAAAGACUGAAACAUGUUCCCUUAUAAUGUUAAUUAAAAUGCAACAGGUGUGUGUGUGUGUGUGUGUGUGUGUAUCCAUUCAUCAUUAUGUUAUAUAUGCAAAGAAAAAGACGGUAUGUACUGUAAUAUCUAGGGCUAUAUUAAACUUUUUGUGUCUGUAUCUAAAAGAAAAUGAUUUAAUUAUCAGAAUUAUGUUUUAAAUAGAUGCAAGUUUAAAUUUUAUUUGUAAUACAUUCUGAGAGUUGGUAAGUGUUUUUAUUCUAAAAUAUUCACAUUGUUUCCAGUAGAAUCUAUAUAGAAUUUAUGAGAGGUUAAAUUAAUUACUAUAUGCAAAUGUUUGCAAUAAGCCUACUUGCAUAAUACUUUCUCUAUUUUUCACCAUGCCUUCAACCCUACUGUAUAUAUUACAUAGGAAAAGAUGGAAAAAUGAGUGUUUCACCUUGUUUGAAAAGUUUCACAAAAUUAAAUUUGGAAGAAAGA